GGAAGACAUUAUCCUUAAAAUUGGGUUCACCAUUUCUAGUGGGAUACCGCACACCAUUAGGCGGCGAAGGUCAGACCCGCGCACGAGCCAAACAGGGGACCCGAUCGUUGAUACAUCAAUCGUGGGUGCUAAUGUGACCCCGGGAUCGAUCAAAACCGUGAUUGUCUUUGCGUUUGCGCCGUCAUGUGUUCGUCUAUUGAUGCUCGAAGUUGUUUCCGUGCGAUCGUUUAGCUGAAAAGUGGCGACAUUCAAUUUUAACGACCGUGUCCCGUGCCAUCGAUUGCACACGCACACCAGGUACGGCACCGGGUUUGGAUAUGGAGCAGAUUUAUGCUUUUCACCUAUUGUCUUUCGCCAUUAUAUUGUGCGUGCCGAUGACCGGUAUUGUUGUGGGUGAGCAUCGACAAUGCCCGCUGCAUCCUGAAGGGCGAGCCGUGCAUAUUAAAUUGCCGUGCAGAUGUUGUUUCUCUCAUUCAAUAAAUAAACACGCUUGACCCUUGUCCGAAACGACAAUACCGAAGGGUGAUGGCAAAUAGGAAAAUGUUUCACCGGGGGUGUAUGCCUCACAGCGGCGUACUUUUUUUUUGCUCGCUGCUUUGCUUUCGUUAUGUGCCUUGGACAAUCGGAUCACACUUGAACCACCCUCGCAUACCCUACCGAAUCCGCAAUCACUGAGCAGCGCUCUGUUCGAUCCACGGCCACUGCAAUGGCACCUACAGAUGAUAGGAGAAGGAGUCACAGGCGUCUUUUUGUGUGUGUUUGUAUGUUAGGUUUAGUUGGUAUGUACUCCCUCGCCAAUGCACCUUUGCCCUUAUCCUUUUGCUGAUGAACCUCGUACGCUUCGGAACGCACCGGAGGGGUUUCGCACAGAUGUCCCGACAGCGUCAAUUUACCGUUCUUCUGAUUCUACACACUGUAGAAGAUAGAGCGCAAGGAUCGUGCGGCCUGGGAUGGGUCGCAUAUCGAAUGUACAGACAAGCGAUCCCAUUCUCGUUUAAUGAGACGAACCAAGUUCUCGAACCAACCGUACACUGCAGAUGAUCCUGCUUUCCGCCCAUACACGGACACUAGGUGAUAAUAUUCAUGGUCCUCCCGUUAAAAUAUUGCUCUAUUAUGCUCAUCUUCCUUUCGUUGUUCCACAGGCACAUAUUUCAAUUUUCCCUUCGUCACAGUGCCACACCGUUGCUGCCUCGUAUCUAAUGCAGCUCUUUGAUUAUAGCUCUUCAUAAUACCACAUCACCCGGUGGAGUUUCUAGAGGAAAAAUCGAUACAAUUUAUUAUGUUUGAGGAACGUGCUCAGCGUCAAAGCAAAGGACCUUCUGCGUGACAAGAGGAAGGAACAAAAUGGGUUCCUUUACGUCCAUCGUCAAUUAAGAAAUAUAUCAUCCACUUAGAGAUCAUGAGUUGAAUGAAAGAAGUGGUUUAUAAUAUGCGUUUUGGGAUUAAAUAUAUUCUUCUUUUCUGGGAUUAAAUAUGUUUUUUCUUCUAACUUUAGAUUACUACUUCUAUUCUUCAUAAUAUAAUUUUGGAUUAGAUACACAGCCCUCUUGUAAUGAAAAAAUCUUCUUAACUAUUGUGUUAUUCAUCUGUACCAACUACUGAUAUGGGCAAGUCACUAUCAGACUGCAAAAACACGGAACUUGAAACAGUGUUGACUGAUUUCCUGUGUUAAUAUUGGUUUCACAAAGCGGCAGACGUUACAGUCGCUAAGAACAUAACGCACUUACUUUGUGAAACAGCGAAUCAGUUAUUUCACACGCUUUAACGGAGAUUUAACAGACAUGGCACGUUACUGAGUGCAUGAUGCAAAUUGUAUUUACGUUAAACAAGGUGUGCAAACGACUAGCUCUUAACCUGAGUCGACAGAAUCAACAACAGGCGACUAAAGAUCAACAGUCACAGUGACACGUUACAGCGACCCAAUUGUGUCAACUGUAGAAGCUUUGCAUAAUUAUGGUAUAAAAGGGAGUGCUCGUAAUACGGAGUUGCAAAACGUGCUGCAGAGUAAGUUGAACUACACGGCAAGUGAAUUACAAAGAUGGAAAAGUUUAAAGGUGGUGUUUUGUGCAAAGUGGUAAUAUCAUUGAUGGUGUUGUCCAGUGUUAAUGCAAGUAUAAAAGAUGAAAUGCGCAAUGGUGUAUCGUUCAAGCUGACGGAGCUCAUUAGAAAAUUAUUCCCAGUGGAUGAAAAAGUGAUGGAAAAUGUUUCAAACAAUUUGAUACCUAAUAUAAUUAAAAAGGUAAAAGAUUAUAUCUACCCAUCAACAACCACGACUUCAACCACUGAAACAACUGAAUCAAUAGAAACCCAACAAACAACCACUCCAGCUAGUGUCGAUCAAACAAACACAACCGAUGAUGUACACGAGCAACCAACAGCAGAAGAUGAGCAAACAGAGAGUAGUGAUGACACUGUGUUGUCAACAAGCAAUGAUGAAACGGUAACAACUAUAACAGCCGCUGAAGAAGAAACGGAAAGCACGGUGGCUGAAGAGGAAACCGAGACUACAGCAGCCGCUGAAGAAGAAACGGAAAGCACAGUGGCUGAAGAGGAAACCGAGACUACAGCAGCCGCUGAAGAAGAAACGGAAAGCACAGUGGCUGAAGAGGAAACCGAGACUACAGCAGCUGCUGAAGAAGAAACGGAAAGCACGGUGGCUGAAGAGGAAACCAAGACUACAGCAGCCGCUGAAGACGAAACGGAAAGCACGGCGGCUGAAGAGGAAACCGAGACUAAAGCAGCCGCUGAAGACGAAACGGAAAGCACGGCGGCUGAAGAGGAAACCGAGACUACAGCAGCCGCUGAAGAAGAAACGGAAAGCACGGCGGCUGAAGAGGAAACCGAGACUACAGCAGCCGCUGAAGAAGAAACGGAAAGCACAGUGGCUGAAGAGGAAACCGAGACUACAGCAGCCGCUGAAGAAGAAACGGAAAGCACAGUGGCUGAAGAGGAAACCGAGACUACAGCAGCCGCUGAAGAAGAAACGGAAAGCACAGUGGCUGAAGAGGAAACCGAGACUACAGCAGCCGCUGAAGAAGAAACGGAAAGCACAGUGGCUGAAGAAGAAACGGAAAGCACAGCGGCUGAAGAGGAAACCGAGACUACAGCAGCCGCUGAAGAAGAAACGGAAAGCACAGCGGCUGAAGAGGAAACCGAGACUACAGCAGCCGCUGAAGAAGAAACGGAAAGCACGGCGGCUGAAGAGGAAACCGAGACUACAGCAGCCGCUGAAGAAGAAACGGAAAGCACAGUGGCUGAAGAGGAAACCGAGACUACAGCAGCCGCUGAAGAAGAAACGGAAAGCACAGUGGCUGAAGAAGAAACGGAAAGCACAGUGGCUGAAGAGGAAACCGAGACUACAGCAGCCGCUGAAGAAGAAACGGAAAGCACAGCGGCUGAAGAGGAAACCGAGACUACAGCAGCCGCUGAAGAAGAAACGGAAAGCACAGUGGCUGAAGAGGAAACCGAGACUACAGCAGCCGCUGAAGAAGAAACGGAAAGCACAGUGGCUGAAGAGGAAACCGAGACUACAGCAGCUGCUGAAGACGAAACGGAAAGCACGGCGGCUGAAGAGGAAACCGAGACUACAGCAGCCGCUGAAGAAGAAACGGAAAGCACAGUGGCUGAAGAGGAAACCGAGACUACAGCAGCCGCUGAAGAAGAAACGGAAAGCACAGCGGCUGAAGAGGAAACCGAGACUACAGCAGCCGCUGAAGAAGAAACGGAAAGCACAGCGGCUGAAGAGGAAACCGAUACUACAGCAGCCGCUGAAGAAGAAACGGAAAGCACAGUGGCUGAAGAGGAAACCGAGACUACAGCAGCCGCUGAAGAAGAAACGGAAAGCACAGUGGCUGAAGAAGAAACGGAAAGCACAGUGGCUGAAGAGGAAACCGAGACUACAGCAGCCGCUGAAGAAGAAACGGAAAGCACAGCGGCUGAAGAGGAAACCGACACUACAGCAGCCGCUGAAGAAGAAACGGAAAGCACGGCGGCUGAAGAGGAAACCGACACUACAGCAGCCGCAAAAGAAGAAACGGAAAGCACAGCGGCUGAAGAGGAAACCGAGACUACAGCAGCCGCUGAAGAAGAAACGGAAAGCACAGUGGCUGAAGAGGAAACCGAGACUACAGCAGCCGCUGAAGAAGAAACCGAAAGCACAGUGGCUGAAGAGGAAACCGACACUACAGCAGCCGCUGAAGAAGAAACGGAAAGCACGGCGGCUGAAGAGGAAACCGAGACUACAGCAGCCGCUGAAGAAGAAACGAAAAGCACAGUGGCUGAAGAGGAAACCGAGACUACAGCAGCCGCUGAAGAAGAAACGGAAAGCACAGUGGCUGAAGAGGAAACCGAGACUACAGCAGCCGCUGAAGAAGAAACGGAAAGCACAGCGGCUGAAGAGGAAACCGAGACUACAGCAGCCGCUGAAGAAGAAACGGAAAGCACAGUGGCUGAAGAGGAAACCGAGACUACAGCAGCCGCUGAAGAGGAAACCGAGACUACAGCAGCCGCUGAAGAAGAAACGGAAAGCACAGUGGCUGAAGAAGAAACGGAAAGCACAGUGGCUGAAGAGGAAACCGAGACUACAGCAGCCGCUGAAGAAGAAACGGAAAGCACAGCGGCUGAAGAGGAAACCGACACUACAGCAGCCGCUGAAGAAGAAACGGAAAGCACGGCGGCUGAAGAGGAAACCGACACUACAGCAGCCGCAAAAGAAGAAACGGAAAGCACAGCGGCUGAAGAGGAAACCGAGACUACAGCAGCCGCUGAAGAAGAAACGGAAAGCACAGUGGCUGAAGAGGAAACCGAGCCUACAGCAGCCGCUGAAGAAGAAACCGAAAGCACAGUGGCUGAAGAGGAAACCGAGACUACAGCAGCCGCUGAAGAAGAAACGGAAAGCACGGCGGCUGAAGAGGAAACCGAGACUACAGCAGCCGCUGAAGAAGAAACGAAAAGCACAGUGGCUGAAGAAGAAACGGAAAACACAGUGGCUGAAGAGGAAACCGAGACUACAGCAGCCGCUGAAGAAGAAACGGAAAGCCCGGCGGCUGAAGAGGAAACCGAGACUACAGCAGCCGUUGAAGAAGAAACGGAAAGCACAGUGGCUGAAGAGGAAACCGAGACUACAGCAGCCGCUGAAGAAGAAACGGAAAGCACAGUGGCUGAAGAGGAAACCGAGACUACAGCAGCCGCUGAAGAAGAAACGGAAAGCACAGCGGCUGAAGAGGAAACCGAGACUACAGCAGCCGCUGAAGAAGAAACGGAAAGCACAGCGGCUGAAGAGGAAACCGAGACUACAGCAGCCGCUGAAGAAGAAACGGAAAGCACAGUGGCUGAAGAGGAAACCGAUACUACAGCAGCCGCUGAAGAAGAAACGGAAAGCACAGUGGCUGAAGAGGAAACCGAGACUACAGCAGCCGCUGAAGAAGAAACGGAAAGCACAGCGGCUGAAGAGGAAACCGAGACUACAGCAGCUGCUGAAGACGAAACGGAAAGCACAGCGGCUGAAGAGGAAACCGAGACUACAGCAGCUGCUGAAGACGAAACGGAAAGCACGGCGGCUGAAGAGGAAACCGACACUACAGCAGCCGCUGAAGAAGAAACGGAAAGCACAGCGGCUGAAGAGGAAACCGAGACUACAGCAGCCGCUGAAGAAGAAACGGAAAGCACAGUGGCUGAAGAGGAAACCGAGACUACAGCAGCCGCUGAAGAAGAAACGGAAAGCACAGCGGCUGAAGAGGAAACCGAGACUACAGCAGCCGCUGAAGAAGAAACGGAAAGCACAGUGGCUGAAGAGGAAACCGAGACUACAGCAGCCGCUGAAGAAGAAACGGAAAGCACAGUGGCUGAAGAAGAAACGGAAAGCACAGUGGCUGAAGAGGAAACCGAGACUACAGCAGCCGCUGAAGAAGAAACGGAAAGCACAGCGGCUGAAGAGGAAACCGACACUACAGCAGCCGCUGAAGAAGAAACGGAAAGCACGGCGGCUGAAGAGGAAACCGACACUACAGCAGCCGCAAAAGAAGAAACGGAAAGCACAGCGGCUGAAGAGGAAACCGAGACUACAGCAGCCGCUGAAGAAGAAACGGAAAGCACAGUGGCUGAAGAGGAAACCGAGACUACAGCAGCCGCUGAAGAAGAAACGGAAAGCACAGCGGCUGAAGAGGAAACCGAGACUACAGCAGCCGCUGAAGAAGAAACGGAAAGCACAGCGGCUGAAGAGGAAACCGAGACUACAGCAGCCGCUGAAGAAGAAACGGAAAGCACAGCGGCUGAAGAGGAAACCGAGACUACAGCAGCCGCUGAAGAAGAAACGGAAAGCACAGUGGCUGAAGAAGAAACGGAAAGCACAGUGGCUGAAGAGGAAACCGAGACAACAGCAGCCGCUGAAGAAGAAACGGAAAGCACAGCGGCUGAAGAGGAAACCGACACUACAGCAGCCGCUGAAGAAGAAACGGAAAGCCCGGCGGCUGAAGAGGAAACCGAGACUACAGCAGCCGUUGAAGAAGAAACGGAAAGCACAGUGGCUGAAGAGGAAACCGAGACUACAGCAGCCGCUGAAGAAGAAACGGAAAGCACAGUGGCUGAAGAGGAAACCGAGACUACAGCAGCCGCUGAAGAAGAAACGGAAAGCACAGCGGCUGAAGAGGAAACCGAGACUACAGCAGCCGCUGAAGAAGAAACGGAAAGCACAGUGGCUGAAGAGGAAACCGAGACUACAGCAGCCGCUGAAGAAGAAACGGAAAGCACGGUGGCUGAAGAGGAAACCGAUACUACAGCAGCCGCUGAAGAAGAAACGGAAAGCACAGCGGCUGAAGAGGAAACCGAGACUACAGCAGCCGCUGAAGAAGAAACGGAAAGCACAGUGGCUGAAGAGGAAACCGAGACUACAGCAGCUGCUGAAGACGAAACGGAAAGCACAGCGGCUGAAGAGGAAACCGAGACUACAGCAGCUGCUGAAGACGAAACGGAAAGCACGGCGGCUGAAGAGGAAACCGACACUACAGCAGCCGCUGAAGAAGAAACGGAAAGCACAGCGGCUGAAGAGGAAACCGAGACUACAGCAGCCGCUGAAGAAGAAACGGAAAGCACAGUGGCUGAAGAGGAAACCGAGACUACAGCAGCCGCUGAAGAAGAAACGGAAAGCACAGCGGCUGAAGAGGAAACCGAGACUACAGCAGCCGCUGAAGAAGAAACGGAAAGCACAGUGGCUGAAGAGGAAACCGAGACUACAGCAGCCGCUGAAGAAGAAACGGAAAGCACAGUGGCUGAAGAGGAAACCGAGACUACAGCAGCCGCUGAAGAAGAAACGGAAAGCACAGCGGCUGAAGAGGAAACCGACACUACAGCAGCCGCUGAAGAAGAAACGGAAAGCACGGCGGCUGAAGAGGAAACCGACACUACAGCAGCCGCAAAAGAAGAAACGGAAAGCACAGCGGCUGAAGUGGAAACCGAGACUACAGCAGUCGCUGAAGAAGAAACGGAAAGCACAGUGGCUGAAGAGGAAACCGAGACUACAGCAGCCGCUGAAGAAGAAACCGAAAGCACAGUGGCUGAAGAGGAAACCGACACUACAGCAGCCGCUGAAGAAGAAACGGAAAGCACGGCGGCUGAAGAGGAAACCGAGACUACAGCAGCCGCUGAAGAAGAAACGGAAAGCACGGCGGCUGAAGAGGAAACCGAGACUACAGCAGCCGCUGAAGAAGAAACGGAAAGCACAGUGGCUGAAGAAGAAACGGAAAGCACAGUGGCUGAAGAGGAAACCGAGACUACAGCAGCCGCUGAAGAAGAAACGGAAAGCCCGGCGGCUCAAGAGGAAACCGAGACUACAGCAGCCGUUGAAGAAGAAACGGAAAGCACAGUGGCUGAAGAGGAAACCGAGACUACAGCAGCCGCUGAAGAAGAAACGGAAAGCACAGUGGCUGAAGAGGAAACCGAGACUACAGCAGCCGCUGAAGAAGAAACGGAAAGCACAGCGGCUGAAGAGGAAACCGAGACUACAGCAGCCGCUGAAGAAGAAACGGAAAGCACAGCGGCUGAAGAGGAAACCGAGACUACAGCAGCCGCUGAAGAAGAAACGGAAAGCACGGUGGCUGAAGAGGAAACCGAUACUACAGCAGCCGCUGAAGAAGAAACGGAAAGCACAGUGGCUGAAGAGGAAACCGAGACUACAGCAGCCGCUGAAGAAGAAACGGAAAGCACAGUGGCUGAAGAGGAAACCGAGACUACAGCAGCCGCUGAAGAAGAAACGGAAAGCACAGCGGCUGAAGAGGAAACCGAGACUACAGCAGCCGCUGAAGAAGAAACGGAAAGCACAGUGGUUGAAGAAGAAACGGAAAACACAGCGGCUGAAGAGGAAACCGAGACUACAGCAGCCGCUGAAGACGAAACGGAAAGCACAGCGGCUGAAGAGGAAACCGAGACUACAGCAGCCGCUGAAGAAGAAACGGAAAGCACGGUGGCUGAAGAGGAAACCGAGACUACAGCAGCCGCUGAAGAAGAAACGGAAAGCACGGCGGCUGAAGAGGAAACCGACACUACAGCAGCCGCUGAAGAAGAAACGGAAAGCACGGCGGCUGAAGAGGAAACCGACACUACAGCAGCCGCUGAAGAAGAAACGGAAAGCAUAGUGGCUGAAGAAGAAACGGAAAGCACAGUGGCUGAAGAGGAAACCGAGACUACAGCAGCCGCUGAAGAAGAAACGGAAAGCACGGCGGCUGAAGAGGAUGCCGAGACUACAGCAGCUGCUGAAGACGAAACGGAAAGCACAGCGGCUGAAGAGGAAACCGAGACUACAGCAGCCGCUGAAGAAGAAACAGAAAGCACGGUGGCUGAAGAGGAAACCGAGACUACAGCAGCCGCAAAAGAAGAAACGGAAAGCACGGCGGCUGAAGAGGAAACCGACACUACAGCAGCCGCUGAAGAAGAAACGGAAAGCAUAGUGGCUGAAGAAGAAACGGAAAGCACAGUGGCUGAAGAGGAAACCGAGACUACAGCAGCCGCUGAAGAAGAAACGGAAAGCACGGCGGCUGAAGAGGAUGCUGAGACUACAGCAGCCGCUGAAGAAGAAACGGAAAGCACAGCGGCUGAAGAGGAAACCGAGACUACAGCAGCCGCUGAAGAAGAAACGGAAAGCACAGUGGCUGAAGAGGAAACCGAGACUACAGCAGCCGCUGAAGAAGAAACGGAAAGCACAGCGGCUGAAGAGGAAACCGAGACUACAGCAGCUGCAGAAGAAGAAACGGAAAGCACAGUGGCUGAAGAGGAAACCGAGACUACAGCAGCCGCUGAAGACGAAGCGGAAAGCACGGCGGCUGAAGAGGAAACCGAGACUACAGCAGCCGCUGAAGAAGAAACGGAAAGCACAGUGGCUGAAGAGGAAGCUGAGACUACAGCAGCCGCUGAAGAAGAAACGGAAAGCACAGUGGCUGAAGAGGAAACCGAGACUACAGCAGCCGCUGAAGAAGAAACGGAAAGCACAGUGGCUGAAGAGGAAACCGAGACUACAGCAGCCGCUGAAGAAGAAACGGAAAGCACAGUGGCUGAAGAGGAAACCGAGACUACAGCAGCCGCUGAAGAAGAAACGGAAAGCACAGUGGCUGAAGAGGAAACUGAGACUACAGCAGCCGCUGAAGAAGAAACGGAAAGCACAGUGGCUGAAGAGGAAACCGAGACUACAGCAGCCGCUGAAGAAGAAACGGAAAGCACGGUGGCUGAAGAGGAAGCUGAGACUACAGCAGCCGCAGAAGAAGAAACGAAAAGCACAGUGGCUGAAGAGGAAACCGAGACUACAGCAGCCGCUGAAGAAGAAACGGAAAGCACGGCGGCUGAAGGGGAAACCGAGACUACAGCAGCCGCUGAGGAAGAAACGGAAAGCACAGUGGCUGAAGAAGAAACGGAAAGCACAGUGGCUGACGAGGAAACCGAGACUACAGCAGCCGCUGAAGAAGAAACGGAAAGCACAGUGGCUGAAGAGGAAACCGACACUACAGCAGCCGCUGAAGAAGAAACGGAAAGCACAGCGGCUGAAGAGGAAACCGAGACUACAGCAGCUGCAGAAGAAGAAACGGAAAGCACAGUGGCUGAAGAGGAAACCGAGACUACAGCAGCCGCUGAAGAAGAAACGGAAAGCACAGUGGCUGAAGAGGAAACCGAGACUACAGCAGCCGCUGAAGAAGAAACGGAAAGCACAGUGGCUGAAGAGGAAACCGAGACUACAGCAGCCGCUGAAGAAGAAACGGAAAGCACAGCGGCUGAAGAGGAAACCGAGACUACAGCAGCCGCCGAAGAAGAAACGGAAAGCACAGUGGCUGAAGAGGAAACCGAGACUACAGCAGCCGCUGAAGAAGAAACGGAAAGCACGGCGGCUGAAGAGGAAACCGAGACUACAGCAGCCGCUGAAGAAGAAACGGAAAGCACAGCGGCUGAAGAGGAAACCGAGACUACAGCAGCCACUGAAGAAGAAACGGAAAGCACAGCGGCUGAAGAGGAAACCGAGACUACAGCAGCUGCAGAAGAAGAAACGGAAAGCACAGUGGCUGAAGAGGAAACCGAGACUACAGCAGCCGCUGAAGAAGAAACGGAAAGCACAGUGGCUGAAGAGGAAACCGAGACUACAGCAGCCGCUGAAGAAGAAACGGAAAGCACAGCGGCUGAAGAGGAAACCGAGACUACAGCAGCUGCAGAAGAAGAAACGGAAAGCACAGCGGCUGAAGAGGAAACCGACACUACAGCAGCCGCAAAAGAAGAAACGGAAAGCACAGCGGCUGAAGAGGAAACCGAGACUACAGCAGCCGCUGAAGAAGAAACGGAAAGCACAGUGGCUGAAGAGGAAACCGAGACUACAGCAGCCGCUGAAGAAGAAACGGAAAGCACAGUGGCUGAAGAGGAAACCGAGACUACAGCAGCCGCUGAAGAAGAAACGGAAAGCACAGCGGCUGAAGAGGAAACCGAGACUACAGCAGCUGCAGAAGAAGAAACGGAAAGCACAGCGGCUGAAGAGGAAACCGAGACUACAGCAGCCGCUGAAGAAGAAACGGAAAGCACAGCGGCUGAAGAGGAAACCGAGACUACAGCAGCCGUUGAAGAAGAAACGGAAAGCACAGUGGCUGAAGAGGAAACCGAGACUACAGCAGCCGCUGAAGAAGAAACGGAAAGCACAGCGGCUGAAGAGGAAUCCGAGACUACAGCAGCCGCUGAAGAAGAAACGGAAAGCACAGUGGCUGAAGAGGAAACCGAGACUACAGCAGCCGCUGAAGAAGAAACGGAAAGCACGGCGGCUGAAGAGGAAACCGAGACUACAGCAGCCGCUGAAGAAGAAACGGAAAGCACAGUGGCUGAAGAGGAAACCGAGACUACAGCAGCCGCUGAAGAAGAAACGGAAAGCACAGUGGCUGAAGAGGAAACCGAGACUACAGCAGCCGCUGAAGAAGAAACGGAAAGCACAGCGGCUGAAGAGGAAACCGAGACUACAGCAGCUGCAGAAGAAGAAACGGAAAGCACAGUGGCUGAAGAGGAAAUCGAGACUACAGCAGCCGCUGAAGAAGAAACGGAAAGCACGGCGGCUGAAGAGGAAUCCGAGACUACAGCAGCCGCUGAAGAAGAAACGGAAAGCACAGUGGCUGAAGAGGAAACCGAGACUACAGCAGCCGCUGAAGAAGAAACGGAAAGCACGGCGGCUGAAGAGGAAACCGAGACUACAGCAGCCGCUGAAGAAGAAACGGAAAGCACAGUGGCUGAAGAGGAAACCGAGACUACAGCAGCCGCUGAAGAAGAAACGGAAAGCACAGUGGCUGAAGAGGAAACCGAGACUACAGCAGCCGCUGAAGAAGAAACGGAAAGCACAGUGGCUGAAGAGGAAACCGAGACUACAGCAGCCGCUGAAGAAGAAACGGAAAGCACGGCGGCUGAAGAGGAAACCGAGACUACAGCAGCCGCUGAAGAAGAAAAGGAAAGCACGGCGGCUGAAGAUGAAACGGAAAGUACUUCAGAGAUUCCCACAACUACUGCGGAACCUAUUGACGAGUGUAUGGACUAUGCGCCUCCACCGCCAGCACUGAAGCACCUGUACACGAAGCUGAAACCACAUUUAAAUGUUACCUCUCGAGAGCCUACACCAUCCCGUAAAAGUUUUCCCAGCUAUCGCAAACUGAUAAAAGACAUCAACAAAAUAUCUCCUGGAUCGGGAACAUUCAGACAAAAAAUCGAAACAGUAAUCAACAAGUUUCAGGCAGCGAUCAAUGAAUCCGUUGCAACUCAGUUGCAAUUUUUCGAAUCAACUCGCAUUAACAUGCUGUUUCAGUUGAAGAAUUUUGUGCAAAAGUCUUUCAACAGCUUCACCGAUCUGGUUGAUCGCUCCUUCAAGAACAGUGGCGUGUGUUCGGGCAGAAGCAAAGAAUGUUGGAACAAGCUGCAGAGCGGACUGCCUCGCUUUAUGGACGAGAUGAAUCAAGAGAUCGUAACCUGUGACGACAUCUUCAACGCAAACAUGGAAAAUCCUCGCGGUGUUUCGGUGCGGCGAGUAGCGGUGCAACGGAUUAGCCAGGAGUUUGGACACAUUCAGUCGAAAUGUUUGAAUACUCCACAAGGCAGCGGACAGACACUCACCUGUUUGAUGAAAAGUCUUCCUCACUUUGUGCCCAGAAGUGCAGCAUACUUCAGCAGCCUGCAGAACGUAAUCAGCCAGGGUACCAAUCUAAUGGGAUACGUUACAUCGAUGGCACAGAGCUGCUAUCAAACAGCGUACAACACACGUACCGAGCAGUUCAACAACGGCAUGACCAAGCUGAACCGUUGCGUCCAGGGAGAAAAUUCCAACGAUGUGGCGCUAAACAAAGAGCUGGACAAAUAAGGGGCAAGGGUCACCCAAAAAACAACCAACACCCGCCCCUAUAAACAUCAAAAUGCUGAAUUCUUCCACUGAAGCUGUUAUAACGAUAAUCUUAGUUUAAAAGUAACUCACCGGGGCAUGUAAAAGCGACUUCAAAAGCACAGCCUUGUGGAAAUGUUGAUAAAAGGAAUGAAAGAAAACUGAAUAGAUCUUUCCGGUUUGCGAAGGGGACGAAAGGGCCAGGACGUAACCCUUUAGUUUUUUUUUGUUGGUAGAUGCCCAUAAUGUUACCCCUUUUGUUGUUGUGGGUGAAUAUUUGACCAUUUUUUAUCCGAAAAAUGGGGUUCCUUCGGAGGCUGUCGUCAGGUGCCGGGAAUGUACUAGGGUGAACUUGUGUACAAUACACGAGCCCUAAAGAGUACCGGGUAGACAUUUUAUUUCAUUCACAUCCCUCUGGGAAAGGGUUUUACAACGUGUUUAUAGUUUAUCAAUUUACCCGUUCAUUACAUGCAGUAAUGGAAUUAUAAUUCAUUAUGGAUCCAAGUCAGCAGGGCAUACAAAGAGCACCGGACGAUAGGGCGGAAGGAAUCUGAUUUCAAACCUACAUUCUACGUUCGUCCAUAUGUUUGGAUGUGAUAAGAGAGUUCGAGGGAGGAAAUUCCGAUCCAGUGUACGAAUGGUUGAAGGAUUCGACAGGAUGGUAAGAAAGGAUGUAUGGAGACUACAUCAAAAUUCCAAACGCGUCCCAUCAAACGUAUGGCAAAGCCAUUAGUUAAACUGAACUGUAUGCUAAUCGAACGGAAUAGCACAAAGGUAAUCGGGGUUCGGUUGACAAGGAAGUAGGUGAGUGGAAUUUUUAAAUCAGCAAACCCUUAUUCCUUAUCCACAAAUGAAAACAGUUGGUCGUGAUGGUGGACUGAACUCGAGUACGGCUGGCGAUGACAUAAAAUUUUGGAUAAAAUAGAAAAUACGCUUUACGGUUGAUGGUUCUUUCCCCCGACCUGCAGUGACGAACAAAGCUCAAACAACCUUACAGAGGGACUCCAGCAUAUUGAUGCUGAACAUUUUCACAAUGCAAAAAAAUCGAUUUAAAUUCAAAUCCACCACCCCGAUGUAUAAAAUGGACGGCAGGACGGAGUAAACAACGUCCACCGACCGACAAACGGUCAGCCUAAAUCGAAUUUGAAGGGUUGAUUUACGUUGUGAUUGAUUCGAAGCCAAUUCCCAACGUAAGUGGGCCCAACCACCGAAACGCUCGAAAGAAGGCAGGCAAUUUUCUUACCGAACCGUGUGUCGACAUUUGGUUCUGUUCCGGAUUGCCUCCGGAAAUAGGGGGAAAUGAGGAGAAAGGGCAGAAACAUUUACCAUAUUGGCCUGACAAUGAGCGUGUCACCGGUGCUUACGGGUUUUUCCUUCAAAAAUAAAAAAAAAGAAACAUAAAUCAAAUGCAAUAAACAUUGGGCUGUAAAGGUGAAAUAGUACAAGGCGAGCGGAAGAAUGUCUCAAUUUUAAGGAAAUUAUUUCCUUUUAGCAAAACAGAACCCUUCGCACUAAAAUGGGCCAUUUUAGACCAGCUUGGGGCCAUUAGUUUCGUGCUCAGAUUGGAGCGAGACGAGGAAAAUUUUGGCCUAAAGUCCGCUUCGUUUUGGACAUGAGCCACCCUUUAGACGACCAUUUUGCCUAGUCGACAGUAGCACGAGUGGACCAUGAAGUUUCACAGUAGGUCCGGUUAUAGCUUCUUUGAGAGGUGAUUUAGGAGAGGAUAAAUUGUGACGACAGCUUGUGUUGACAUAACCCUAAACACGAGUAACUUGAGGCUUUUCCGACGCACCAUCAACCGGAUGGUUAGAACAUGGGCAAUACUUGUAAGUUUUGGAAUGGCGCUCGUUUUAAAGUGUUUCGAUAUUUUGUUCGUUCGCUGUUUUGUUUUGAAUCUUUACAAGCAACAACGAAUCGCCCAAUAAAUAC